UUGAAAUUGAGAUGACAAAUAAUGUGACGACUGUUAUUAUUGUUUCACUGCUUUUAAGUAUUCGUUAUUCUAUACUCUGAAAUGUGUCUAUUUUGAUAUCGUAACGAUAAAGUUAUUAGCAAUGUUUAUUCUGGGACGGUGACACAAAAGAUCUUUUGACAACUGUACGAUUUGUGAUCUUAUUUCCUUAACAUUUAAUGGGUUGUGCAGUAUCAGGAAUUCAGCGCACCAUGUCCUUGUUUAGUAGAAAUUCGAACAAUUCUCAGGACAUUAGAGCUAAGUUGGAAAGAAAAUUGUACCUUGCACGAGAGUCACCAGAACCAGACUUCAAUUUAUCGGACUGUGAGAUGCGCCGCCUGCCUUCUGGUAUAUUUUCCAUAUGCAAGGUAUUUAGAAAAGACUAUUUAUAUCUGCACAAUAAUCGCUUGCAAUCGCUCGAAGAUGGAGGGCAGUUGUCAGAUCUCCAGUUAAUUAAAGUUCUAAAUUUGAGCUACAACCAGUUUUCAUAUUUACCCAACGAUAUAAGAUAUUUGGUAAGCUUGACUGAACUAUAUCUUCAAAAUAACUGCCUUGAAUCUUUACCUGAUGGAAUAAAAUAUAUGGAGUGUUUACAAGUAUUAGACGUGUCAAAUAAUAAAUUAGGCAGAUUAAAUCCAAUGUUAGGAAACUUAAAAAGUCUCAAAAUAUUAAAAAUCUCUGGCAAUAAGAGCCUAAAUAAGUUGUGCCCAGAAUUAUGUUAUGCUGUUAAUUUGGUUUCCAUUGAAUCAGAUGGAGAAAAUUUUAUUUUCCCACCUCCAGAUAUAAUGACUAAGAGUACAACAGAAAUAAUGAAAUUUUUAUGCUUAGAAAUGAAUAUUGAAUAUUUACCACCUCUUCCUACCACUUUGGACAUUUCACCAUCUCAAAUUCCAAGCACUAAUUAUAAUGUUUUUGAAAAACAAGUAGGUAUUACAUGGGAAGAACAAGAAGCUAAAAUGAUUGAGCAGGAAAAUAAAAUACACAGAGCCAAUCAAGUUCAGAGAGAAAAGUUUUUGACAAAUUUUUUACAAGAGCAGCAAGAUUUAGACAGUGAAAUAGCUAAAGUACAAGAAGUUAGAGAUAUUGAAAGACAAAAAUUAAUGAAGACUAUUCAGAAAGACGAACAAGAUAUAGAAUGGUUGGUUAAGAAUUUCAUUCAGACUGACAGGCUAAAACCAGAAGUGAUUCAACAACAAUUGGCAUAUGAACAAGCAGAGCAUAACCGCUUGCUUGAAAUCACACGACAAAAUUAUGAUAAUGUUCGACGAACUGAUAUUUUAACUGCAAUGGAACAGCUUAUUGAAAAUGAUUAUCAUAUUCAAUAUCACAAGAAAAAUUAUAAGGAUGGUUUAAAUAAUAUUAAACAAAGCUUAUUGUCUCAAGAGUCCGAAGGUACUAAUAAAUUGGUUCAUAUAUUGAAUGCUAAAGAUGAAUCACGGACAGUAUUAAUUCAACAAGUUUUAGAGGACCAAGAUAUCCAGAAAGCUAUUGUUUCAUCUCUACUCGAUCGAGUUGAUGCAAAAAGUUGGAGUCUCAACCAGGAAAUAUCACUGAUAUCUAUGCAUUUAGCUAGGUUAAGUGUUAUUGAACAAGAAAAGAAAAAAAUGCAAAUUGAAUUUAAUUACAAUGAGCUUUUAACACAGAGGUUAAAAUUAGUGGACUUCUUAGAUGAUUUGUUGGAUCAGAGAAAGAAACGCAGGAAGCAAUUAAUUAAUACUUUAAAAGAAGCACAAGAUGAAGGAAAUCAGCCUUCUGAUUUUUGGUUAAAAAGUUACCAGAAACUUUUGGAUUCUGCUCCUAAAUCUUUAUUUAAUGUACGGAAGCUGGAUCCUGUCUUUGCAAAUUACCUCUUACAAGAAGGAGUCAUACACUGCUUACCCUUCUUGGCAAAGUAUCUUUUUUCUGGUGAAUCUUUAUUGAAUAUAACUCAUGAAAAUUUAAAAGAGAGUGGGGUUUCCUUGACUUCAGAUAGAGAGAGUAUUUUAAAAGCUUUAAAACUGUAUGUCAAUGAAAAAAGUCAAAAUUAUAAUGAUGCUGAUUUAAAUAUUAAGUCGGCAAGUCCUAAUAGCCCUCCUUUGGACACUAAACAAAACUGCUCGGGAGUUUUGAAUGUUGAUGAAAAAGAAAGCACAAAUGUCGAGGGUGAAUGUGUAAUCUGUAUGGAUGAAAAGUCUGAAGUUGUAUUUGUACCAUGUGGUCACAUGUGUUGCUGCCAUUCAUGUGCACAAAAUGAAUUAGAAGGCUGCCCUAUGUGCAGAACAAAGAUAGAAAGAACUAUUAGAGUCAUUUUGUCAUAGUUAUAUUGUAAAAGCAAGAUAUUACAAUAUUGUCAUUGUGAUCCUAUUUAUAAGAUUAAAUAAUAUGUAUAUUUCCUAGUUAAAAUUUUGCACCUAUGGUGUACGACUGCUAAUUUAAAAUACAAAUUUUAAUUAACUGUUAAUGUUUGAAAUAAGUCAGCCAUGUUAUUGUAUCUUAAUGCAGAAAAAAAAUUAAGCAAUAAUUUAUAUCGUGAUAUA